CUCAAGCAACUCAAAAGCGCCGUAGGUUGUGGCGCAUAGUCAUCUCGGAAAGAGCAGUUCACGGCUUUGCAUCUUCGGCACACAUUCCUUAUGCGUAAAGAAGAUUUAUCUGCACGUUCGGAUAUACUUUCAAACAUUGGCAUACCAAAACUCAUUAGGGUUCACUGAAACUUUUUUGUUUAGGAUACGCAGAUUGAUUUUGCAUCAAAUUCGUCGCACUGAGACCACAGUCAUGUCGAUGAGGAUCCUUCUCGGUUGUCUUCGGUCUGGCGUUAUUGUUUCCAAGAAAGCCAAUGGUCUAUCGAGACGGACAAACAUAUUUGUCUCUGGACAGCAGAGCUGUGCCAUCCAUGUGGACUACCCUCCCGUUGAGCCCACCCUGACCACCAGCUAUGCCCACGGUACGUCCACCCGCUCCUUGCGGUCCUGCACCGUGGCUCAGGCCCUACAGGCCGCCGUGGAACGGUACCCUGACCGCGACGCCGUGGUCUUCAUGCAGGACGGCAUCCGGAAGACCUUCGCCCAGUUCCAGCAGGAAGUGGACCAGGCUGCGGCGGGUCUGUUGGCGCUCGGGCUGAAGAGAGGUGACAGACUGGGCAUGUGGGGCCCCAACACCUACGAGUGGAGCCUGAUGCAGUUCGCCACGGCCAAGGCUGGCAUCAUCCUGGUGGCGGUCAACCCAGCCUAUCAGCUGCAGGAAGUAGAGUUUGCACUCAGGAAGGUGGGGGUCAGUGCUGUGGUGUGCCCCUCCCAGUUCAAGACGCAGCGGUACUACGACAUGCUGAAGCAGCUCUGCCCCAACAUGGAGACGGCCGGCCCUGGCGGCAUCAGGAGCAGCAGGUUGCCGGAGCUGAGAACGGUGAUCCUGACGGACUGCGAGCAGCCAGGUGCACUCCACCUGAGCCAGGUGAUCGAGGCAGGAAGUAGCCAGUACAUGCAAGAGCUGGAUGAGCUGCAGAAGAAGCUAAGCUGUGAUGACCCCAUCAACAUUCAGUUCACCUCGGGAACCACGGGAGCACCUAAAGGGGCCACUCUGUCCCAUCACAACAUCGUCAACAAUUCAUACUUCAUAGGCGUUCGAGUGGGCUAUCAUUGGAGGCCCCACGUUAAGAUCUGUCUCCCCGUCCCUAUGUACCACUGCUUUGGGUCGGUGGGAGGAGGCCUCGUCAUGGCCGUGCACGGAGCCACUGUGGUGUUCCCGUCGCCAGGAUACGACAGCCGUGCCAACCUGGCCGCCACACAGGCCGAGAAGUGUACCUUCUUGUACGGCACUCCUACCAUGUUCAUCGACAUGCUGGGCCAGCCUGACCUGUCCACAUAUGACCUGUCAUCUGUAGAGGGAGCAAUAAUGGCUGGCUCUCCUUGCCCAGCCGAAGUGGUGAAUAAGGUGAUCAAAACGAUGGACAUCAAAGAGCUAUCGAUCGGCUAUGGCACCACGGAGAACAGUCCGGUGACCUUUAUAGGUUUCUCUGUGGACAGCGUAGAGAGGAAGACGGAGACAGUGGGCUGCAUUGCCCCCCACACUGAGGCCAAGGUGGUGGACCCGAGCACGGGGAAAGUGGUGCCGCUGGGAGCCCAGGGAGAGCUGUUGAUCCGGGGCUACUGCGUCAUGCUGGAGUACUGGGCCGAUCCGGACAAGACCGACGAAUGCAUCUCCAAAGACCGCUGGUACAAGACAGGUGACAUUGCCUCUCUGGAUGCGUAUGGCUACUGCAAAAUCGAAGGGCGCAUCAAGGACAUGAUCAUUCGCGGAGGAGAGAACAUCUACCCUGCCGAGAUCGAGCAGUUUCUGCACACUCAUCCCAAAGUGCAGGAGGCCCAGGUGAUUGGCGUGACAGAUAAGCGAAUGGGAGAGGAGGUGUGUGCCUGCAUCAGACUGAAGGCGGGCCAGGAAUGCACCGCAGAGGAAAUCGAAGCCUACUGCAAGGGAAAGAUUUCCCAUUUCAAGAUCCCACGCUAUGUGCUUUUCGUCGAGAGCUACCCCCUCACAGUAACAGGAAAGAUUCAGAAGCACAAACUGCGAGAGCUGACAGAGAAACAACUCGGGCUUUAGUGUUGGAGAGGAAAAUGCAUCAUGGGACACAACACGGGGGCCAAAACAGCAGACACUUGUGUCUUCAUACUGUACUGGGCAUUGCGAUCUACACCAUACUGAAUAUGCUGGUGCUGACCAAGCAAGAACAAACACUAAACUCUCACUAGACAGACAACAUAGACAUACAGUACCCUCAGUGAGUCCUGUAGAGGUGAUAACAUUUCAUGGUGAAUGGUUGGAGCAUGAAUCUGUGAAGAGGGCACAACACUGCAGUUGUUUCUAAGGCCGAGAGAAUUUUGGGAAUGUUUUUUUUAGAGUAAUUUUAUUGAGGAAGAAAGGUAUUACCGAUUUGAAAAUGUGUGUCAUUUCUCAUGGACAGCAGUACUUUUCUACAGUAUAUUCACAGAUUACAUUGGACUGCAUUUAGUUUCUGAUGUGCUAUAGGCUUUUUUUAGCGGUCAACCCUCAGGUAUUUGCACUCCUUAAAAUGUGUUGUAUUCCAUUGGACUUGGAUGUGAAGUGUAAAUCGACACCAUUGUGCCUUAAUGAUUUUAAAUUCCUGCCAAAGUUUCUUACCUCUCAAUACAACAUAAUGCCAAAUCUGAACCUGUAAACCGUCUUCUGUGUUUUCCAUACAGAAGAUAAUGCUUAACUAUUUUCAGUCUGUGUUUUUAUUUUACUCUUUUUUCAGAUGUCAUUAAACAUGAAUUGUACCUCGUAAACUCA